AUGCAUAAAUGUUCUUUAAAUUUUGAGGAUAAAAAAUUAGAGGAUUAGUUUUAAAAUGAGAAACUGCAAAAGAUAAGACGACCUGUUUAUUAUGCUACAUUUAUAUUUUUUGUUUUAAAUGGAAUGAAAGCAAUUUUGGAAUUUGUAAGGGGAACAAGCUUUAAAUCAGAAAUUAAUGUUGGUUUUGUUGCAGUCCAAACCAUAAUGGCAGUGAUGGUGCUUAAGGACUAAAAGUAUAUAAAGUAGGCAUUGGUUAUAACCAACAUAAUGUCUGGAUUUCUAUAGAUGAAUUUUAAUGAAGAUGCUACUGCAAAGUAAGAGUUCUAUUCAUUUGGAAACAGUUAUGCGUUAUUUUAAGCAAUUGGUUAUUUUAUUUCAGAUUUCAGAGAUGGAGUAAUCCAAGCAAUUAGUCAUCUGACAACUAAGAUAAUUAUCACGAGUAUUCAUUCAAACAAAGUUGAUCCCCUUUGCACAAGUUUGGCUAUCACUAGCACUUUUUUUAUAGUGCUUACAAUAUAUGUGAGUGACUACAAUUAUAGAAAAUAAUUUCUAGCCAGCAUCUAAGAUGAUGUAUGGGAUAAGCAACUACCAUUUCUGGUUAAGAAGCCCUAUAUAAAAUUCACUCAUAAAAAUACCUAUUUUAACAUAACUAGCUGCAACCUGAUUGAAAGGUUUGCUGGUUAUAAAAGCGACUAUUGUUUUGGAUGCAAUGCAAGAGAAUUUUUAAGUGAAACAAAAGUCAACAAUGUUUGUCUUUUGAAUAAGCUUCUGAAUGAUUCCAUAUUAUUGAAUACUGAUAUAGAAGCUCAUUUGAAAUGCUUUAGAUUCAAUAUCAGGGUUUGUAUGUAUGGGAUUGAAAAGAUGAAUCGAAUAGUAAUCUUGGAGAAGAUAGUCACAAAGGAGAAGAGCAAGUAGUUUUCUUUUGAAUUUCGAAAGGAUUUAGUUUAAACAUUAAAAUAAGGCUAGCAAAAAUUGAAGUUUUUGUAAUUUUAUAAUUGGGGAAUACAAUCAUGUUUGUUGAUCAACAGCAUGUAGAUUAGAUCUAUAUCUUUGAUUGAUGUGAUUUCAAAGUUAAAUAGGAAUUAUAGAAGUUAUUUAAAUCCUUUAAGGCUUAUUUGUAUUAAUAAGUCGAAACUAUAAAUUAGAACAUACUCAAAUUUGAUAAAAAUAUACUUAUUUCAAAUAUAUCAUCUGCUGAUAAUGACGCAACCCAGAUCCAAAGAUACUACAGAUGCAAUCGUUAAGGAGAAUGAGGAAUAUAUCGAAGUUCAUCUAUAAGUAAGGAACGCGAGAGAGUUCUGCGAUCAUUAUUCCAAGAAUAUUUUCAUAAGUCAAAUAGAGAGAGUAAUUCUGUGGGAGAGAGUGAAGAUAAAUAAAUUUCAUUUAAGUGAAAUAAUUUUAUUCAUGGUCAAGCGUCUCAUAAUUAAAUUGAUAAUCGAGGUCGGUUCUACUGUUGCCAAGUCUUUUGUGAAAGCCUACCAAUAGAGUGCUAAAUAAACAGGAGGAAAACCAGGAAAUCCAUUUACAGAGUUUCUGAAUCAAACUAUGUAAGCAGCAAAUCUGACUCACAAACCUAUGACAAGAGAGGAAGCCUUUAAGAUAUUACAAUUAGUUCCGGAGAAGGCUAAUCCAGAGGAUAUUAUCAGAGUUUAUUGGAGGUAGUUUCAUAAGAAUGAUCCUGUCAAGGGUGGGUCCUUUUAUCUUCAAUCGAUGCUACACAAUGCAAAAUGCGAGUUGAUGAGGGACUUCCCAGAUGUUAAUGAGAAGGAGAUCUUGGAAAAGAUUAGGAAGGAAGGGGAGAGUUAGAAGGGAGAAGAAGAAGAGAAUAAAGAUGAGGCAAAGGUGGGGGAGAAGAGUGAAGAAAAGAAGGAAAACUGAGUUCUUAAUUACUUAUUUUGAGGAUUGAAAUUGAUAUAUAAAUUUAAUUA